AUGGUUGGAUUUUUAGGAUCAAGAGGAUUUGAAGAUGAGACACUAAUGCGUGAAGUCCUUUCUACUGUUGAUGAAGAGCAUCAAAUUUUAGCCACAACGAUAAUAAAAAAAGGUUAUGAUGGGGAUGAAUUCAAUAAUCAUAGAUUUUCUAAACAUUAUGGAGGUUUUUAUGAGCCUUGUGGUAUGAAAUUAUGUGUUUUAGAUGCAAGAGAGAACUAUCCACAAAAUACGACUUUGCAAUUCCUCGGUCUUUCAAAUAUUCACAAAAUUGCCUCAUCGCAUGCCGCUUUAUUAAGCGCAAUUACAACUAAUGCUUCGUCACCGAAUUGGUUUUCGGUACUGAAGAGUACAGGAUGGUUGGAUCAUGUGGCUGAUUUACUCAGAUCUGCUGGGAGUAAAGAUGGUGUUGUCGGAAAAUUAGUGGAUGAAGAUGCUAGUGUUUUAGUGCAUUGUACAGAUGGUUGGGAUAGAACCACGCAAUUGGUUUCACUGGCUCAAAUAAUAGUGGAUCCAUUUUAUCGCACAAUUAAGGGUCUACAAGUGUUAAUUGAGAAGGAAUGGAUUGCCUUUGGACAUCCUUUUCGCUCACGUAGUGAACUCCCCAAUAAUCUUUGUAAUAGUGAUCCCAGAUUACAUUCAAAGAAUAAACAAACAUCUCGUAAUUUCAAAGAACCGCAAAAUUUACCACCCGCCCCUGCUCCUGUGUUUCUUUUGUUCCUUACUUGUCUUCAUCACAUCUUGGAACAAUUUCCAUCAGCAUUCGAAUAUAACGACUUCUUUUUGCUGUGUCUUGCUCGAGCCGCGGCAGGAAAUUCCCCGUUUGGUGACUUUCUAUGUAAUUCUGAAUGUGAACGGGAAGCUAUACAAUUAAGAGAAAGAACGAGAAGCAUAUGGUCAUGGGUCAAAGAACGUAGGCAAUGGUUUAGGAAUCCACUAUAUCAAAGAAUUCGUCCAUAUGACUUAAUUCACCAUAAUGAUCACAGUACGUGGAGUGAUCAUUCGUGGAAGAAGGAUGUUUUGCGUCCAGACACUGAUGCAAGAGUUAUUACAUUAUGGACUGAUUACUAUUUCCCAAAAAAUGAUCUAUCAAUUGCCUUACUAUCAACGCCCUAUGGUGCUGAUGUUGAACUGGAAGAAGGCAUAGGACCUUCUCAACAUCGCAUUGGAGGAUUUCCUUCAGAAUAUUACCUUGUCAGCCUUUUCAUGAAAAGAAAAAGGCGGAGAAUUGCAGAAAAAGUUUGGACCGUUUGGAGGUCAUUUUUAUUAGAAAACAGACAAAAGUCAUUAAAGACAAAGAAAGAAAAAAAAAAAGUAGUAAGCGAAGAAGAAAAGUGGGACGUUCUUCAUGGAUCAGAGUGGAAAGAUGAUGC